AUGGCCGUUCCGGAGGCACGCGCAUCAUGGUUGCACGGACGGGGAGAGGCAGGAUGCAAGCGCGUACGGGUUGGAGUGUACAAACAUGCUCCGCCCUCUGCUCCCCGUUCUCCCUCUGCAGCCACCCCGCCUCCGCCCGCCGCGCCGCCGCCUUCGGCCGCCGCGCCGCCGCCACAGCCCGCCCCGCCGCCGCCACAGCCAGCUGAGCCGCGGCGCAGGCGCCUGGCGGACGGCUCUCCCCCCGGCGCGGAGCCGGCGGGCGCAGCAGCGGUGCGGUUCCUGACGUACGACUGGUACGGGUCGUGCGGCGGGCUGGGGGACUACCUCAUCGGGCUCGUGUCGCUCUUCCCCGCCGCGCUGCUCGACCGCCGCGCGCUGCUCGUCGCUCAGCCGUGCAUGCACGCCGCGUUCCGCUCGCCGCACAUCGACACCGCGCUCUCCCCCGACGUGCCCAUGGGGGGGCGGCGGCCGCUGCUGCGCGCCACGCCGCCGCCCCUGGACGCCGCGAGCGACGGCGAUGAGCCGCAGCGCGUGGAGUGGCUCGCUCCCCCGUGCGAGCGGCUGGAGGGCAACCUGGGCGCCGCCGCGGAGGUGCGCCGGGACAGCAACAGCAGCAGCAGCAGCAGCAGCAGCGGCGACAACAGCAGCGCGGUGCCGUGCUUGGACCUGCUGCGGCACACGUUUGAGAUGGAGGCGCUGCAGCAGCUGAGCGCGCUGAGCAACUACCGCGUGCGCUACAACAAGGGGAUGUUGAUCACCACGCUCCUGCGCGACCAGGGUCUGUGGGCUAACGCGCUCAGGCAGCUGGGCUUUAAGGUCGCAUACGGCUUCGGGUGCAUCCUCCGGUUCCUCUUCAGCCCGCGGCCAGAGGUGUGGCAGCUACUGGUGGGGAUGGAGGAGCAGGCGUGGGGAGAGGGCGUGGUGCGGGUGGCUGUGCACGUGCGUGUGCCUGACCGUGAGGUGUGGCAGAAUGACGGCAUGACGCCUCAGAACAUGACGCAGCAGCAGCUGGACGACCUGCUCGCCAAGGCCAGCAGCACGCUGCAAUGCGCACAGGCGGUGGAGGAUUUCUGGUACCCGCCUCCCCUGAAGGUGAAGUGGGUUCUCAUCACCAACUCACACCUGCUCAAGCAAGCACUCAAAGCCAAGUACCCACACAAGGUGAUGGCCACGGACUUCAUUCCAUGGCACUCCGCCCAAGCCACGGAGCACGAGCAGCACACGGACCUCGCAUCGCCGGACGAGCGUGACGCGGCGCUACGAGGCCUGCAGCACUUCCGGGAGACGGUGGCGGAGUGGGCGCUCAUAGCAUCGCAUCGUAAUAUGAGCGUGACGCGGUGCUGCGUCGUUCAUUCCUGUUCCCCUCCUGCUCCCCUCGUUCAUUCCCCGCCUUGCCAGGUGGUGGCCACGGACUUCAUCCCCUGGCACUCCGCCCAAGCCACGCAGCACGAGCAGCACACAGACCUCGAAUCAUCAUCCUCCUCGGCUGAGCGUGACGCAGCGCUGCAAGGCCUGCAGCACUUCAGGGAAACGGUGGCGGAGUGGGCGCUCAUAGCAUCAUCCCACUCCUUCAUCAUCCCAGCCUCGGGGUUCUCUCGCACGGCUGCGCUCUACGCCCUGCGCCCACUCGACAUCUACGUGCCGCCUCCUCUCAACCCUCCCAAGGCUGCUGAGAAUGCUCAAAAGCCUCCUCCUCCUCCCAGCGCCUGCGACCCCGAGAAGCCCACAGCCAUCGAUCGCUUCGGAGUCACCUGGAGUGGCAUCUAG